GAACAUUUUCAUAAUUUUUUUUUGAGAGAAACGUAAAGUGAUAGUUUGUACUAUAGUUCAUAUCAGCAUAUGCCAGUGGUGAGUACGCCCUUCGUUCUGGAGCUCCGCCCUCCUGAGGAGUUUGUUUUGUCAAGAACUGGGGAAAGUUUAAGCCAGAGUACCACAAGAAAUAACUUCUCCGCGGCAGUGAACAGCAUUAUCAUCACGGAGGAGCCUUAUGAAGGUCAUCCGGAUGUGAUUAAGCCUGGGAAGACUAAACCCCAGAAGCAAUCAAAGCUGAGUGAAGCGCCAGUUUGUGUUUCUUUGGUUGCAAACAUAGAUCAUUUGAGUUCAAAUGUAGCAGCUGUCGUAUCCCUUGCUGAGGCCGCAAUCGCGGAGGAAUCCACUAGCAACUGUAUAACUCUAGCGAGCUAUAUUUUCAACUCUAAUCUGGAAGCUAUCAAAUCUGAGACAAGAGGUGCUAGAAGCGAGGGGAAUCCUGCAACGGCUUCUCAGGAUGCUAACGCGUCGAGAAGCUCUGCGAGUGCGUCUUGUUCCCCUUUAGGUUUCGAUGUUUACCACUUAACCUUGAAGAGACCUCUUUUGUUUAACUCUGAUACUGGUAAUGUGCGUUCGCUUAGAGUGAAGGCCUCUGCCAUGGGGGAGCUAGAGAGCACGAAUAAUUAUGGUGAAAAUGAUAGCAAUCGCACGAAAGCUUCAAAAUCAUACCACGGACCACGGAGGUUUGUCGUACGUUUAAUAGGAAUUCAACAAACUGUGCUGACGGAUGCACAAGUUGCUCUUUUUUCUUCUUAGGCCUAUAAUUCGGAAGAAAGAAAAACUCGCUUCUGUGGUACAUGUGCUUAUCCAUGUUCUGACAAGACGACUUCUGUGAAUCAUGCCAACAUUAAUGAAAAACUUGGAAUGACUUCUCAAAAGCAGCGUAUUAUAUUGUUAUGAUUGCCGUUUAUAUAUAUUUUUUAAAGAAGAGAAUAAUUCGCACGCGUUACGUUUAACUAAUAGAUGUUAAAAAGUAUAUAAAUAGAGAAAGUGAGCGCUAUGAUAUAGCGUAAAAGAUUCUCCGUGAUGUGAUAUUGUAUUAUUUGCGUUUGUGUUAGUAUAAUUUAUGGUGUAAAUCUUUUCUUUUUUUAGAAAUUAUUAUUUUUAUCCUUACCAAAGCAUUUCACAUAGUUAGUCCAUAUAGGAAUGGAUUCUUAUUAACAUUCAUUUCACUUAUCCAGAUUCCAUUAUUUUUUUAUCAACACAUGAUCCCACCUAAGUUUGAGAGGUAGUGCAAACCUAACGUGCUGGGGAGAGCCCCAAGUCCCUCUUUCGAAUCUUGCAUUGUUGAUGCUAGAGCUACGCAUUGGGAGGUAAGCAAUUCAUCUGAAGCGUUCAUCUCGGACGUGCUAUGGAUCUUCUCACAUGAGUCAUAUGAGGGUUGUUUGCGGACAAAAGUUGUGAGGUAAGUUUGCUAUGUUUACUUUAGGAGUGUCGCAAUAUCUUCACACAAGCGAGCAUCAGGGCGUUCAUCCAUACCACGCAGAGAGGCUCUCAUACAGCCGAAUGAUACUGAAGCGAGGUUGGGGGCAUGCUCUUUAUGCUUGAAUAUUUCAAACUUUUUACAUUGUAUUUGAAGAGCAGCCUUAGGAUCUUUGUAAACUUCCAUGGAGGCGUAUGGGUCGAACGUGGCGUCAUCAACACACAUACAACGUAUAUAUACAUGAUACACUUUCUUAUUCUUCUACCAACAUCAUGGCAAGCUGGAUAUUAACUGUGUUGUGGCGAUACUACAACCAUUUCUAGUAUAUACAUUUUGAAAUAGUGGCGCUAAUAUGGAGCAGUUUGGUUAGCAAUCACAGGAGGUGUGUGCAGUGCUGAUGGUGGAUCGAAUAUGAAUUUCUUCCGCUUGCUAAAACAUGUAAAAAAAGUGUUCUGUAUGUGCGCAGAGAAGAGUGGGCCUCUUCGUAAUACAUGGACGCGGCGUUUUCUGCGAAUUUCAAUCGUUAUGGCAUUUCGAAAGCACCCCGAUAUUAUGAGCUCCCUCCUACGCUUUUAUAAAACGCCAUAUACAAUGAGCACUAUUGCUAGAUAGGCUAUCUGAAUACCUUUAGGGGUUCCUUUUUUCACUUCUUCGUCCAUCACUAGUCAUGCGUUUAACAUCCAGCAGGCUGUUAACGAGGGUAGGAGUUGGUUACUUGUUAUCUUGAUCAUUUAUCCAGGUUACAUUUGGGUUCUAUUAGAGAACUCACGAAGGCAUAAAAAAGGCGAUGACGCUUUAUUGCUUUUGCAUUGUGUUACACUGAGGGGUCCUGGGUUCUCAUGGACGUCUCAACAACGUAAAAGCAGGGCUUGAACGCCUUUAGUGUAUUUGAAGCUGUAUCUGGAGACCAGAUAAGCCUUAACAGUGUUCAGUCGGAGUGUUUCGUCCGCUUGGGCGGUCUCUGGGGAGGCCCUGCCGAAUGCCCUACCAGUGCCUAUACAUGCCUACAUGCCUCUUCCUGUGACAGGAAGGUGCGCAGGCACUUAGCUUCACCAAAGAGCUACUAGUCCGCGGCACCCCGAAGAGGUGGCUGGCAUAUACCACCGACACUUUAUUAACAGUUGUUUCCUUCGUUAUCUUUAUUCUUUAAUUACACCCCAUUUCCCUCUUUCUUGAUCAUUUUCGCCUCUUGUUAGCCUUAAAAUUUCAUUACACGAAUCAAUAUACUUCAUGUGAUGGGAGUGUGUUUCAAACAUAGAUUCAUUUUUUUGUUUUAGCUAUUAGUAUUUGUAAUUUCA